AUGUCCAGGCGGGACCUCUCGUCGACCCUCUUUCUGGUUCCGGUUCAUCUGAGAAUCCCAGCCGGAAGCUCUGGGCAGAGGCUCUUUCCUGGCUGCUGCUCGAGCGGAACGGGAGCCGUUUUCGAAGCGUGGUGUGGACAAUCUCGGGCCUCGGUUUUUCUCGCGUCCGCUGAGGCGCGUCCGCUGAGGCGCGCCGUCUCGGGCCUUGAUUCCGUGGCAAUGGCGGAGCCUGCUGCAGAGCUAGACUGCAACAUUGUAACCUUUGAGGAUGUGUGUGUACGCUUCUCCCAAGAGGAGUGGGAACUACUUGAUGAAGAUCAGAGACGCCUAUACUGUCUUGUGAUUCUGGAGAACCUUCUACUGGUGACCUCACUGGGACUUCCAUUGUCCAGAUACUCUUUAAUUCCCCAACCACGGGCAGCCUCGGAGCGUCUGGUUCCUGAAACUGUAGCCGUUGCUCCAGCCAAGGCAGAGAUGGUCCAGGGGAGCCCUGGCCUUUGUCAUGGAGCAGGGAGUAAAGAUGCAUCUUCUGGACAGGGUGUUUCUAUAAGACAGUCACAGGCAAGAACGAUCAUGGCGAAUCCUUAUGACCAAAAGAGCCACCCAUGUGACACGUGUGACCCGAUCUUGAAAGGCAUCUUGCGCCUGGCUGGCCUGCAGAGAGUAUCUUAUGGGCAGCAGGCAUACCCGUGUCCGUCUUGUACAAGAACCUUCUGGGUCACUGUAAGUACUGACCACAUCCUGAGGUCACAGAGUGGAGAGGCAUUCCCUAGAAUGGAAGAAGACCCGGCCUCCUCUGGGAAGAGGUGCAGAAGCCACGUGUCAGAGGCCUUCACUUACAGGGAAGAUGCGGAGUACUCCUUGGCCAGCUCUGGAUGUGUCCAGCACCCUGUCGCUCAAGAUGAGAUGCAGCUCUGCGUUCACACUAAGAGCAAGGAAGUCCUUCACACUGGACAACAAGAUGGCUCAUGCAGUGAAUGUGCGGAAGCUUUCAACAACAAAGACCAAUGUGGCCAGCACGAGAAUCCCCACAUGAGAGGACAGCUGUAUGAGCGCAAUGAUUCUGAGAACUGUUCUCUCUCCAGCUCCAGCCUCCAAGCACCCCAGAGUGCUCACAUGGGAUCAAGGCCUAACGAGUGUGCUCAAUGUGGGAAAUCUUUUAAAAGAAAAUACUGUCUUGUUCAGCACCAGAGGAUUCAUACUGGAUUAAAACCUUUUAAGUGCAGUGAAUGUGGGAAGGCCUUUGGCCGCAAAACCAACCUUGUUCAGCAUGAGAAAAUUCACAGGGGAGAAAGGUCUUUUGUGUGCAGCAUAUGUGAGAAAGCCUUUUUCCGAAAAGAUACACUUGCUGUGCACCAGACAAGGCACACUGGGGAAAGAUCUCAUGCGUGUGAUGAAUGCGGGAAACGCUUUACUCACAUUAACUAUGUUAAAGUACAUAAGAAAAUUCACAAAGGACAGAGGCCCUACGUGUGCAGUGAAUGUGGGAAAACGUUCGUCAGACCUUCCCAACUUAUGCGACACCAGAAAGUUCACACCACAGCAAGGCCUAUGGAUGAAGUGAAUGUGGGAAACUCUUUGAUGACAUUGCACUCUGCCAGCAGUCAGGGACCCACACUAGGUGAGUCCCUCCACCCUCUCUCCUAUUUCCUGGAGGGCCUCAUGAGUGAUGUGAACCCAUUUAGGGAUCCUCAUUUCCUACCGGUGGAGAGUUUCAGUGUGGACACGAUCCAGCACCGGCGAAAAACAUCUGAUCUGGAAUAUGCUGCAGUUUUCCAGAGGGUUUUGUUUUCCAUGGACAGUCUUGACUCUACAUGA